CGGCGCCUACGAAAAAACGGUCUAUAGGUGGGGUUCUUCUAAAGGGGGGAGGGUGUAAGGCGGGUGGGCGUGGCAAUGAGGGAAGGUGUGUUAGCGCGUCGAAUUGAGAAUAAAGGAAUGUUAUGCUCAAGGCUAAGGCCUUGUGCACAACAUUCCCCCCCCACCCCGUCUGUCAACCAAGCGUUAGCCGGCGUGUCAGCAGCGUCUGGCACGCCGGCUGGGGAAGAGAGAUAUGCCAAGAAACCAAACCAAGUGUUGCUGCCUGUAGCUUGAAAUUUAGCAUAGCGAAUAGAUUCUAAAGCUCCCUUUGAAACGUUUAUGCCUAUUGGUUGCAAUGCCUUGAACUUGUGGAUAAGAUACGAUUCUGUGUAUUUUCUUUCUCGUUCAGAACGGAAAUUUGACUAAAAUGUACAGUUGUAAUUUUCAGUUGUCAUUUCAUGCAGUUCUUGGCGUUGCUCAUGAAAAAAAUGUUGAUGGCAGUCACUUUGUGCUGCUAUAAUUAGACACCAUGUCACAGUGUCAACCUCAAGUUAAUAAAGCAAAUUAGCUUAGUUUCUAUACAUACUGCCUUCGCAGGAGUUUGAUCUCUGUAUGAAAGCUGCAAAUUGUACUGCAAGCAUAGUUUAAAAAUGCACAAGAAGCAACCUCAUUCUUGUCACUUUUUUAUAUCUUCUUUUUCUUUAAUUCCAUUGUGAUUCGCUCUAAAAUUUUGCCCUGAGAAAAACAAAUGCUUGAUCCUCAUCAGGAAAAGAAAAAGGUGUCACUGAACCUCUUCUUCAUAACUACAGAGUUCCACAACAUGUCUACGCUUCAACUUUGAAACUCUAGUUCUGUGCAUUACACAUCCUGAAAUGCAGACUGCACAUACCAAGUGUCCAGAGCACUUAAUCUUCUUUUUUCUUCUAAAUUACUCCAUAAGAUAUUCUGCAGAGCCAACGUGGGCUUACAGUAAGAUGAUUCCCUUUGACACACUGCAUACAUGUAACAUUUGCUUUAUUUUAUUAUCCCGAUCAGCUUUCAAGUCGUGGAAGGAAAAGGUGGAGAAAGACACUCGCAGUCACUUCAUUGCAAAGACAGGUCCCAAGACAUGGGGCCCCCUGAAAAAGAAGCAUUUCUACUUCGUCUGUCACCGGUCUGGAAGUUAAGCUUCACAAGCUACAAGUAAGCUGAAGCGGCCUUCAAGUGUUAAGUGCGGGAAAAGAUGUUUUGCGGCAAUGGCUGUGAUCGAGGACAACACAGGUGUGAAUGUGGUUUUUCAAUCCAAGCACAGAGGUCACGACUUUGAAUUGGGUCGAGUUUUUCUAUCCAAGUCGGAAAGAGCUGCUAUUGCUGAAAAGCUGCGAGGAGGCGUGUCGAUGGACGCAGUGUUGGAUAAUGUGCGGUCCAACGUGGAUGAGACGUUCCACCGCAUUAACCUGCUGAGCAAGCAGGAUCUCCGCAAUAUAAUGAGGGAUGCCAGAGUCUCGAAGACCGAGCGGCUGCAUGAUGAUGACUAUGUCAGCGUGCAACUCUGGGUUGAGAGGAUGCAUGGUGAAAAGGAAAACCCAGUGCUCUUCUUUAAACACCAAGGACAACCUGACAAGAGUGACAUUUUUGAGAGAAAAAAUGAGGACCUUUUGGAUGACAGAGAUUUCAUGCUUGUCAUCAUGACCACACCACAACAGGAGCUUUUUAAGAGGCUUGGAACUGAUCGUGUAUGUGUCGAUGGAACACAUGGAACAGCAGGGUUUGACUUUCAACUUGUAACUGUGCUCUGCGUGGAUGGAUUUGGUGCUGGAUUUCCUGUGGCAUACUGUGUCACCAACCGCACAGACCGGAAAGCCAUGCUCACUUUUUUCAUGGCAAUCGGGUCCAAGACAGGCCAAAUAGCAGCUCAAUCCUUCAUGACUGACGAUGCACCUGCUUUCUACAAUGCUUGGCAGGAAGUCAUGGGGCAGCCUCAGCACCGCCUGUUGUGUGCUUGGCAUGUGGACAAGAACUGGCGGGAAGCCAUGAACAAGCACAUACGAGAUAAGAACCUGAGAGCUUUCACAUACAAGGAGGGCUUCCCGGUCGAGCUGAUGAGUGGUGUCGAGCUACCAACUCGGCCGAAGAGACGCACCCACCGCUGCGCCUCUAAAGAACUGUCAACAAACCCAGCCGGCAAGAAGCGCGACCGUGGAAGUGCCGCCGACCUGCCACACCGCGUGGUUGGCGGGUCAUCUUCCGAAGGCGCGAUGCUGGACAGCCGAAGCAGCGGCCGACGUUCGGGCCCUACCCCAUGA